CACUAUGUCAAGGAACCAGUUCUCUCCCUUGUUUUUCAAUUCUACAUACUCCACCACCGUCCUGGAGUCGCAGUCUGUCGGAAGUUCAGUGAUGAUUGUAUCUGCUGAGGACACAAGUGCUCAAUUCAACCAGCUUACAUUUUCCAUUAUUGGAGAUGACACAGCGCCGACCUACUUUGCCAUCACACCAGCAUUUUACAGUCUGGUCGAACCUUGCAAAUGCAAUCAGGACAGAUACUAUGUACCUGUUCUCGCCAAUGACAUUGGCACGCCCACAUGCAGUGCCACGGCCAUUGUAAUUGUGGACAUUCAGCGCAACUUCCUGGCUCCUGUCUGGACAGGGACCAACAAUGCUCAGUACUUUGUCACCAUUCCGGAGGUUAACGCACUAGGAGUGCCAUUUGUGGCUGUCUGCGCUAGCGAUGCCCUUUAUGACACUGAAACAGUAACUGUGACGGUGACACAGAACACCCAGCCGCCCACAUUUGCCCAGCAGGACUACACAGAAACGAUCCUUGAGACCCAAGUCCUUGGCUAUAUGAUCGGCCAGGUGAACAAUGUGGAGUACUUUGCGACUGGUUCACAGCAAGCUCUUCAAUACUUCUUCCUCAACCCGUCCACCGGUGAAAUUUUGGCCAGGCAGUCCCUAAGGAAUAAGGUUUCGUUCGCCAAUGAUGUCUACACAAUGACUGUGUAUGCCCGUGAUUUUGGCACCCCGCAGCUUCAGAGUCAGAAUUUUGCAACAGUGACGAUAACUGUUAUUCGAAACGAGAACUGCCCAGUGUUUUACAGGGCUCCCUAUGCAGCUGACAUUUCCCAGAGUCUGUCCUCAGGAACCAGUGUCUUCCGUGUGACGGCCACUGAUGCUGACAUGACCCAGUUUGGUCAAGUGUCAUAUGCGUUUGUCGGUGACAACAAGGCUGUGAACCUGUUCAAUAUUGACCAGAGCAGCAUCAUCCGUACAUCUGGCACCUUGUUCGGGAGAUCAGAGUCAACCUACACUGAAGUGCGAGCCUCCGAUAACAGGAACCCAGCCUGUUCCAUGUUCGAGAUUGUGUACUUCACACUGAGUCGUAAUGAGAACACUCCAGUAUGGCUUCAGCUAAUCAGCAGCUCGAGCUACCAUGCAUCCACAUCUGUGCUUGAGAAUACCAAUUUCAACGCCGCCAUUUACAACUUCCAGGCCAGAGAUAAUGAUGUGUUAGGAAAUUUAUACACUAAGCGGUAA